UAAUCUUGCAUGACUAUGGCGCUAAAUAGUAAAAAAGCGGUUAAAAAUUAAGGUUAUCUUAAUUUUCAAGAUUUUUUGCGGAAAGUUCAUUUCUUUCACUCCACAAGCGACAACUGCACUAAUUUGGUAUUUAAAUUCAUCCGUUUCGGGUUAUGUCCGUUACAAUGGACAAAAACUACGGAUGCGAUGAGUGCGACUUUAAAACAAAUAAAAAGAGCUAUUUGAAACAACACAUGGUCAAUAAACACACGGCUUUAGACGACGUAGUGUGGUACAGGUGCGAACAAUGCUCGUACAAAGCCAAACAAAAAUCCAACUUGAAAACACACCAAAAAUCUCACGAAGAGGCUUUGUUUGAAUGUGAUGAGUGCUCGUACAAAGCCAAACAUAAAGAUCAUUUGAUGAAGCACAUCCAGUCGAAACACACCGCAGACGAAGACAUCAAAUGGUUUGAGUGUGACGAGUGCCCUUAUAAAGCGAAAGUCAAAUAUCACCUAACGCAACAUAUCCAAAGAAAGCAUACAGAUGCGCCGAAAUUAUUUGAAUGUGAAGAUUGUUCCUACGUUGCGAAACAUAAAGAGUCGUUUUUUCAACACCGGAUGAAUGCUCAUGAGUCACCAGAAGACAAAAAACAGUUUGAGUGCUCUGAGUGUGAUUUUAAGACCACCUGGAAAAUUAAUUUGACGAGGCAUAUGGUGCUGCAUUCAGAUGAGUGGCACCAAUGCGACGAGUGCUUUUUUAAAUCUAAACAUAAAUAUAAUUUGACUCUACAUGUGAAGUCCAAACAUGCAAAAAAAUUUACUUGUGAGCAGUGCUCAUUUAAGACUUCUUUGAAAGCGAGUUUGAAGACUCAUAUUAGGAAAAAUCAUCCAGAAUAGUAUUUGUGUAAGGUAGUAUUUAAUUGAAACGUUUGUGUGAUCAGACGUUUUUUUGGUAAUUAUAUAAUUAUGUAAA